UGUUGGAGAAACAACAUUGAUGUCAGCAGCGUAAACACAUACAUCGCUGACAUCGAUGUUUUUCGAGCUCUACUAUUAACUCUGCUUAAAAAAUAUGUUACCACUGUCACUAUUGAAAACCGCGCAGAGCCAUCCUAUGCUGGUUGAACUGAAAAAUGGUGAGACUUAUAAUGGACACUUGGUGAGCUGUGAUUCGUGGAUGAAUAUCAAUCUACGUGACGUAAUUUGCACUUCAAAGGAUGGGGACCGUUUUUGGCGUAUGCCGGAAUGCUAUAUUCGAGGAAGUACCAUUAAAUAUUUGCGUAUACCUGAUGAGGUAAUCGAUAUGGUUAAAGAAGAUGCCCAAGCAAAAUCGCGAAAUAGAACAGAGCUCAACAAAAAUCGUGUUGCAAACUCAGCACAAAAUCAACGCUCAGCUCGUAACUGUAACCGAAAUAAUUUCGGAAAUCGAAGCGGACAAUUAUGUGGAGGUUCUGGAAAUAGCACUCUGCGAGUAGGUGUUGCAGGACAAGGGAAUCGACUACUUGCUCAGAGUAACAAAAAUAGAAAAUAAUAUAAUAAAAAAGAAAAUAAAUAAAAAUCUAUAUAUAUAAAA